CCGUUCUAAGCGAUCUGCAUCAGUUUGAUCAUAGCACAACGUUCGUACAAUACCGUAAAUCAGACACUGCUGGCGACACUGAGCGACACAAGCCGGAGAAGAUGGCGCUGAAGUUUAUUCUUUUCCUGGUGGCAGCAGUGGGCGCCGCCAGCUUGCAAGACUAUCAACAGCCUCAAAGCCAGCAACACCAGCAGCAGCAACAGCAGCAGCAGCAACACACUACAGAGCCAGAGAACCGUCAGCAAUCGAACGAUAAUCGAUUUGUUGUGGACACCCAACAUGCUAACGAAGAACAGAUCGGCUAUGACUUCUCGUACUCCGUUCACGAUCCAGUCACGGGAGACCAGAAGAGCCAGGAAGAGUCGCGACGAAACGGGCACGUCCGGGGCCAGUACUCUUGGGUUGACGCGGACGGUAUUCGUCAAAUUGUCGACUACCGUGCCGAUGAUCGCACCGGCUUCAACGCCCAGCAACGCAGUGAACCCGUCAACCGACCACGCCUGAACCGAGUGUUGAAGCUCGUGCCUGCUCAGUCGGUUAAGCCACUGUACACGAUCGACACAGUCCUCGCCCCAGCCUACACGUCCGUGACACGAGUGGACCAGAUCCGACGACGAGACCAGGAUACUACCCGUGGAGGCGGCCGAGAAGGACAGCAAAGUGAAAAGCUCGGAGAUGCUCGGGCCAAUCGGCGGGAUGAGCUCAGUGAGCAGCGAGAUGAACGGCGCGAAGGGCGGCCAGAGGCGACCGAGCACGAGGAUCGUCACGAGGAACGCCAUGACGAGCGGCGUGAAGAACACCGUGACGAUCGGCGUCAGGAUCAGCAACGGGAGGAUCGUCGCGACGAGGAUCGCCGGGAACGCGAGCGUCACGAUGAACGCCGGGUCGAGCACCGCGAUGAGCGCCGUAAUGAGCAACGCCAGGAGAACCAGGACGAUCGCCGCCAGCAAGGACUCGGUGCUGGAAUUCAGUCGGAGGUGCGAUUCCAUGCCCCUUCCGUGACCUACGAGUACCGUAACUGAAGUAACGCACCUAACUGCCACACGAAAACCGGAUCGUCUGCCUCUACUGAUCGUGAACCCUUACCAUGCGCCACCGUAUGCAAGUGAAUAAUAUCGAUACAACCACAACGUUCAGAAUUUGUUGUUUAGCAACAAUUUCGUCUACAAUAAAGCAAGCGGUUUUCAUACGAAAAUCUAUUGAAAUCGCACAAAAGC